CCUCGCCGUCGCCGCCACCGCCGUCGGCUCGUGAGUAGAGAGAGGGCACUGUUGCGGAGGAGGAAGGGGAUCGAUCCGCCGCCGCCACCACAGGAAACGAUGCGACCGCCGCCUGCAGCCACUCGCCGUCCGCGGCAGCACCUCUGGUGGAGAUGGCGGUUGCCGAUGAUGGCCGGUGGCUCCGGCUCGAAGAAGAGGGCCCGGAGGACGCGGAAGCCGGACCCGACGGCGCUGCUCACGGACGACCUCCUCGUCGAGAUCCUCGCGCGCGUACCGUACAGGUCCCUCUGCCGCUGCCGGUGCGUCUCCAAGCGCUGGCGCGCGCUCAUCUCCCACCCCGACCACCGCGCGAGGCUCCCCCAGACCCUCGCCGGCAUCUUCUAUCACGGACCCGUCGCCGUCGGCGGUGGCGGCUCCCCGGAGUCAACGUCGACAAGCAACUGCUUCGCCAGCGUGCCCGGGACCGCCCCUCCGCUCAUCCACACUUCCUUCUCGUUCCUGCCCGACCGCGAGCGGGAGGAACUCGUGUUGGUGGACAGCUGCAACGGACUCAUCCUCUGCCGCUGCUACAGGUUCCCUGACGAAGGCGAGUUCGAUUACCUUGUCCUCAACCCUGCCACCGAGAAGUGGGUCGCCGUGCCUAUCACGCGGCGCUGGUCGAGCAAGGUUCAGACGGUUCACCUCGGGUUCGACCCCGCCGUCUCCUCGCACUUCCAUGUCUUUGAGUUUCAAGUGGAUAUAGAUGACGAUGAUUAUGAUGCUGGGGAUGGCCAUGUCCUAGGGGUGAAGAUCUACUUGUCCGCAACUGGAGUUUGGAGCCACAGGCAGAGUGGCUGGAGCAUGGAAAUUUCGUUCGAGCUCGAUCUUAAAAGCGUAUUUCUUGAUGGCAUGCUGUAUGUAAUUGCCAGGGAGAGUGUGGUUGGGUCAGUGGAUGUGGAGGGGAAAACUUGGAGGAUAAUCAAUUUUCCACGCAGCAAGGAUUCACGGUUCUAUGAUACUGGUGGUGGAUUCAUUGAUCUGUCCCAGGGGCGGUUGCAUCUUGCAAAUGAUGAUGAUAUGGUCGGUGAUAAGCUAGCAAUCUGGGUACUCGAGGAUAAAGACAAUGAACAAUGGACCCUAAAGCACACAGUCCGCAAUAAGCAUCUGGUCAGAAGGAAGCAUGUCCACUUUGGAUUUCAUGAGUUUAUAGUUGUUGCCAUCCACCCAGACCGCAAUAUGGUAUUCUUUGUUUUUGGUCUUGAGAAAACACUAAUCUCUUAUGACAUGGAUAGCGGGAAAGUAUCUAUCAUCCGUAAUCUUGGACGCACUUGCAACGAACAUUUUCUUCCAUAUGUUCCUUGUUUUCAAACUCAUUACCAGAUGGUGGGAACUGGGAACCAGCAAUCUGACUUCCUCAGCAUGGCUCAACUUUUGCCAAUGGUUCUGAUCAUAUCGACAUCUGGUUUUCAGUUGCAGCUGCAGUAGCUACUAGCCUACUACUCAUCUCUCCCAAGGGCGGCUGCAUCUUGCAACUGGUGAUGAUGAUGCGGCCAAUGAUAAGCUAGAAAUCUGGGUACUUGAGGAUAAAGACAGUGAAGAAUGGACCUUAAAGCACCCGGUAAGCUUUAAGCAUCUGGUCGGAAAGAAGCAUGUCAACCAUAUGGAUUUCAUGACUUUUGUGUUGUUGCUUUCCACCCAGACCGCAACAUGGUAUUCUUUUGUUUUUGGCCGUGAAAAGAAAACACUAAUGUCUUAUGACAUGCAUAGCAGGAGAGUGCACAUCAUCCAUAAUCUUGGACACUCUGGCUAUAAACAUUUUCUUCCAUAUGUUCCCUUAUUUUCAAAGUCCUUACCAGGUGGUGGGAAUGGGAACCAGUAAUCUGACUUUAUCAGCACGGCUCAACCUUUUAAGAUGGUCCUGAUCAUCAGAUCAUAGUGUGGUCCUCUGUUGCAGCAGCAGCGGGUACUACUUAUAUGUGUCAUUUGGAUGCUGUUGUACUUUUGUUUGGUGCAUGAGUACACUCAUGUGUCAUGCGUCCUCAAUUUAUGGAGCUAGCUGUUUCAGUUAA